CCGCGUGGUUAAGCGUUUACCCCGUGAGCGGUGAAUUAUUCUCAUGCACCUUCAAUUAGGGUUCCAUUUUAGAUAUACACUAAGCUUUUUUUUGUUAGCUGCGGCUGAAUGUUUUCUCCGGGAAAGAGCUACCCCGGCCAACGUUCUCACAUCUUCAUGCAUCUGUAAUUGUUGCUGUAUCAUACUCACGUCCAUCCCCAUAUUGCCCCAGGCUAUGGGGCUGUAGGCGACGUGUGUUGUGGAGAUGGGGAAUUUCCACACCCAAGAUCCAUUGGGAUGGGGGAUAUUACUUAGGACCCGAAUCCCAGCAUGUCUUGACCCAUUUUCCUUCUCCCAUCUUCCCCGAUCAAAUUCGUUCAUCUCUCAAUUACCUCACGUUUCCCGGGCUGGUACCUCAAUCAGCCAUGGGCAUCCUCAAACUUGCUGAAGACCGGCCGACUCCCAAAUCCGUCUACAACUGGCGCGUCUAUGCACUCGCCGCCAUUGCAUCAUGCGGUUCCAAUAUGAUCGGUUAUACCAGUGCCUUCAUCGGUACAACCAUCACACUCACAUCCUUCAAGAAUGAGUUUGGUCUCAACGAGUUGUCUUCUGCGGAAAGAGAUUUGAUUAGCGAGAAUAUUGUCUCUCUUUUCAUCGCUGGUGCCUUCUUCGGUGCCCUUUUGACUUAUGGACUGAGCCAUUUUACUGGCCGAAAAUGGUGUUUGGCUGUUGCUGCUGCCAUUUUCAUUACCGGCGCUGGUUUGCAACUCGGUGCCAACAGCGCCCGAGGACUGGGCAUCCUAUACGCUGGCCGUGUGUUAUCCGGUUUAGGCACCGGUGUGGCUUCAAACAUCAUUCCCAUUUACCUUUCCGAACUGGCACCACCUGCCAUCCGAGGACGUCUCGUCGGUCUGUAUGAACUUGGCUGGCAGGUCGGCGGUAUGGUUGGCUUCUGGAUUAACUACGGCGUUGAACAACACAUGCCUCAAGACCAUGAGCAAUGGACCAUCCCCUUUGCCAUUCAGAUCGCCCCGGCUGGUAUGCUUUUCGCUGGUGCACUGUGGAUCAAGGAAUCCCCUCGCUGGCUUUUCCUUAAGGAUCGUCGCUGCGAAGCUAUGGAGAACCUCUGCUGGAUUCGCCAAUUGAAUGCCGACGACAUUUACAUCACAGAAGAGGUAGCAGCCAUCGACCAGGCUCUUGAGUAUCAGAAGACCACCAUCGGUUUUGGAUUCUGGAAGCCUUUCCAGGCCCUCAGCACCCGCAAGAACGUUAUGUGGCGUCUGUUCCUGGGCUGUAUGCUCUUUUUCUGGCAGAAUGGCUCCGGUAUCAAUGCCAUCAACUAUUAUUCUCCUACCAUUUUCACUUCGAUUGGUGUCGACUCCGACACUGUGAACGUAAUGACCGGUAUUUUCGGUGUGAUCAAGGCUGUUACGACCUUCGUGUGGCUCUUGUUUCUAGUCGAUCAAGUCGGAAGACGGAACUUGUUGCUUGGCGGUGCCAUAACCGGAUCGAUCUGCAUGUGGAUCAUUGGUGCCUACAUUUGUGUCGUUAAACCCGAAGACAACCCAAGCAGCAGCCUCAACGGUGGAGGUAUCGCAGCGAUCUUCUUCUUCUACCUUUGGACCGCCGUCUACACGCCUACCUGGAACGGUACACCAUGGGUUAUCAACUCUGAAUUCUUCGACCCCAACUUCCGUUCCCUGGCCCAGGCCGCUACCACCGCCAGCAACUGGCUCUUCAACUUCCUCAUCUCGCGAUUCACCGAACAAAUGUUCGAGAAGAUGCACUACGGCGUGUACUUCUUCUUCGCAGCCUUGUCAGUGCUCGCCUUCUUCUUCGCCUUCUUUCUCAUCCCCGAAACUAGUGGUAUCCCGCUGGAGAAGGUCGAUUGUCUGUUCAAAUGCAAGCCUGUUUGGAGAGCAAACAAGAUACUCAAGGAGCAGCUCAAGGAGGAAGAGGAGCAGUUCCGCUAUGAUAUCAAGGGGACUUCUUAUCACGAGGAGAACACUUAUCACGAGGAGAACACCGAUGAACCUCAAAAGGAGGAAUUGGCAUGAGCGAUACAGUUAUAGAAGGGCAAGGUAAUAUAUUUCCCAAGCAAGCUGUGCAGCUAGCGCGAAACACGACAUCUUCCUGCAACCACCUACUAUGCUGCCAAGCUGAAUUUCGAAAUUUCUCUUGGCGAGAUGAAGGAACCGAUAUUCAAAUGAGCUUUCCUUAACCAUGGUGGAUAUUUUUGGCACGCCAACUCCUAUGCCUAUACACCACUACAGGGGUCAAGAAUGGAAACCAUUUGAAAUACAUCAUUUAUCU